AAUGGUUUUGCACCGAGCGCGCGCGGGUUUAGUUCCCCUUCGGCACACCCCGUUUUCUCCUUGUUCUGCGUGCAUGUGGGUGUACGCGCGCGCGCAUGCCCUGAGUACAUCGUUGAAGAAGGAAGUGGGCGAGGCAGUUUGGAAUUUUGGCGCGAGAACGGCAGUUAAGGCUUAUUGGGUUUGCGCGCGCUUCAGGGGAAGGGAAAAAAGGAGACCAAGGUGUUUCUUCCGUACCAAGCCACAUCCGGUGAGCGGCUGAAAGGACACUGAAAAGAGAAAGAGCACCUCCCUGUGGUGGAACCCAGCAUGCCGGUUGCUCUGGAUAGUGCAGGGGCAGAGUCCCAGUUGAAUCAUACUCCCUUGCCAGUGCCUGCUUUCUUCCAUGAAGCUGAAUGCAACUUUUCAACCAAGAAGGCCCAUCGGUCACAUAGUUACACCCUCCCUCCACGGCCACGCCACAAGAGCACGCUAACCGUGAGCCGAGUUUUUUCUGACCGCCGGCUUCAGACAUGGACCCAGCCCCACCCACGCAGUGUGUCCUUUGAUGGAGCUCAGAGGCAGCCACCAUCUCUGCACAGUCGUUCCUAUGAUGCUUCCAAGAAGGAGCUGUUUUUCAGGCAGUGCUUUCAACAGCUGAGCCGUCUGGGACGGGGAUCAUUUGGUGAAGUGUACAAGGUACGCUGUAAAGAGGAUGGACAGUUGUAUGCAGUGAAGCGUUCUGUGGAGCCAUUCCGGGGCGAAGGUGAUAGACAGCGCAAACUUGCUGAAGUGCGCAAGCAUGAACGGGUGGGACAUCAUCCCAACUGCGUGAGCUUUGUGCAGGCCUGGGAGGAGCAUGGACAGCUUUACAUCCAGACAGAAUUAUGCCCAGGCAGCCUGCUGCAGUACUGUGAGCAGCAUGGUCCACUACCUGAAUGGCAAGUGCAGGCCUUCCUCUGGGACCUGCUGCAGGGACUGCAUCACUUACACAGUUGCAGCCUUUUACACAUGGAUGUCAAGCCAGCUAAUAUUUUCCUCUCCUCUAACAAUAUCUGUAAACUGGGUGACUUUGGGCUGAUGCUGGAGCUGAACUCUGGGGAUCUGAAUGAUGCUCAAGAAGGGGACCCUCGCUACAUGGCCCCCGAGUUGCUGCGAGGAGAAUAUACCAAGGCUGCUGAUGUCUUCAGCCUCGGCAUGACCAUUUUGGAGAUUGCCUGUAAUAUGGAGCUUCCCAAUGGAGGUGAAGCUUGGCAGCAGUUGCGACAGGGCUACCUGCCUCCUGAGUUCACAGCAGGUCUCUCUGGUGAACUGCAGACUCUCUUAGCAGCCAUGCUGGAACCCAACCAUCAGCUCCGGCCCUCUGUGGAGGCACUGCUUAAUUCUGCCCUCAUGCAGAAGGCUGAGAGGCGGAGAAAGCUGACACUGCUGGUGCAAUCUGGGAUCCAAAAAGUUGUUGUUAUAUGCCAGACCCUUGUCAGGUUUCUGCAGUGGUUUUGGGGAACUGUGUGCAGUCCAGCUCACUGGCUACUGUUUUGGCAUCAGGACAUUCCAGUCACACCUCCCCACUCGCCCUUCCCUUUUCCCCUGGAAGACAGCAGCCUCUCCAGUGACUGGGGUGAAGAGCGAAAUGAAGAGAAGGGCAAUGAGAGCCUUGAUGAGGACGUCUUUGAGCAAAUGAAGGGAUCUGGACAUCACAACCAUACUUGUCCUGUGGAGCUGUGGCCUGCUGACAAACUGUCUGACUCCCCAGUGCUGAACAUAUGCCCCAGUGCAGGGAGCACCUCUACCCCACGACACCCCUCACCGCAACAGACUGGUGGCAGAGAGAACAGGUCUUUGGCCCUCCAGGGGAGCCCUAACUUCAGCCGUAUCAGCCGGGAGUCUCCCAGCAGCAGCCGCCACAGUUCAUCAGACUCACUGCCUGUGAGCAGCCUGCGCCGCACACUGGCUUUUGACGAUGAGGAGGAUGACAAUGAGGAUGGGAGAGACCAAUGGGAAGCUGCUGUUGCUCAGUAUUCAAAUCACUGUUCCACUUUUGAGCCGAAAAACCUGCUCAGCAUGUUUGAGGAUUCUUUGGCAGCUGAGCAGAAGUGCCAGGGUUGAUGGGAACUUCAUUUCAUUUCUGAAUGGCUAGCUUAGCACUCCAGUGGCUGAACGGAGGAGCGCUGUCCCUCAGAUGGAUGCACACAGCUGGUGGGCUGUAGCAUCCAGCUCAGUCUAGUGACGGCAAGCCCUGCGUGUUGCUGCUCCUGCUGUGCAGCUUUACCCUCAAGGGUUCAAGAUCACCCAGGCAUCCUUCCACAGGCAGUGGAGAGUGGUGCUAUCAGGUCAAUUUGAGGAAAAAGGGCUUGCUUUUAGGUCUAGGUAAGGGGAUGUAAUGCACCUAUGUACAUUUUAAGCUGCCUGCCCCUUCUGCUUGAGGGCUAUGAGGCAGAAAAGUGUCGCUUGCUGUGGGAACCGGGGGCUGUCUACCACCUUGCUUUCAUGCUGGGGUUUUACAGAGGUGUCAGCUAAGACUUCGUAAUAAAAGCAUUUUGAAAUGACCAUAAAA